GGUCGUCGGUGUGUGUGUAGGCGCUCUCGGGUGUGGUCGGCGCGGGCGCGGCGCUGCAGGAGUUCAGCUGUGAGUAACCCGUUGACGGACGCGAUGCACGGACCACCGUCGAGCGCUGGCAACUUCGGACCGCCGUUCCGCGGCGGGCCGUCGUUCCAAGGCGGGCCGCCGUGCCACGGCGGGUUGCGCCGCUCGUGCUGGGAGGCGCUCGACGGACCGACCGGUCGCCGGCUGGUGCAGCUGGCGGCCGGCGCCGUCGCCGUCGGGCUCGGCCUCAAGCUGUACAGCCGGUACAAGCGGCAACAGCGGCGCCAGCGGUGGCAACAGGAGGGCAAGGACGUGGUGGUGCUGCACACGUUCCCGCGCGCCACCUCCUGUCCCAACAUGUCGCCGUUCGCGCUCAAGAUCGAGACGUACUGCCGCAUGGCUGGCAUCGCGUACGUCAUCGACACGGAGGAGCCGAUGGGCUCCAAGAACAAGUCGCCCUGGAUCACCAUCAACGGGGAGGAAGUGCAGGACUCUGAGCUGAUUCUCGACUACCUGGAGAAACACUUCAACCGGCCGUUGGUGGCGACCGCCAAGCUUUCGCCCGAGCAGCACGCCACAGGUCGCCUGGUGCAGGUCAUGCUGGAUGAGCACGCCAUGGGCUGUAUGGCCAUGAAGCGGUACAUCAUCGACCGCAUGGAGUACGUGCGCACGAUCGUACCGGAGAAGAUGAAGCGCAUGGUGACCGUAUAUCGCAUCUUUUUCUCUGCCUCCAUGAAGAAGGCCAUGUACAUAAAGGGCGUGGGCCGCUUCACUGAGCAGGAGGUGCUGUUCUUCCUCUACCGCGACCUGCAGGCGCUGGCAGACAUCCUGGGCAAGAAGCCGUUCCUGCUGGGCUCCGAGGCGACCGCGUACGACGCGGCAGCUUUCGCCAGUCUGACGCAGGCGCUGUGCGCCACGGCGCCCGAGGUGGAGCUGCAGGUGCGUCAGAAGCAUGACAACCUCGUCCAGUACUUCGACCGGAUGAAGGCGAAGUUCUGGUCCGACUGGGACCAGCUGUGCGAGAAGUAGGCGAGCGGACGCGGUAGACCGUGUAGUGAUGUGUUGCCUACGGCUGCUUGUAGAGCUUGUGUUGUCAUCCAGCCUUGGGAAUCGGCCACUUGCAUCUUAUUCUUUUAGUAGUUGUGCUUUUCGCGGCGCGUGAUGCGUGUUCUCCGGCUUGGGACAAGUACUCCGCAUAUGUUCAACACGCUGAUGCGAAAUUUGAAACUAACCGGUCGCAAGGCGAGACGGGUGCUGGUUGUUGGGUGAUGUCGGCAGCGCCAGCACGUGCAAGGGGGUGUCACGUUGUUCCUGGAAAGGGGUGUUUGUUUUUGCACUAUUGACACUCGAAUACACGUGAUGGAUGAACAAA